GCUUGAAUUCUUAUGAAUGGUAUUUGAUUUGCAGAUAGAACCUAUCUUGAGUGGAAAUUUGCCGCCCGGAUUUGAUUCAAGUAGUUGCCGUAGUGUAUAUGUUGGAAACAUCCAUCCACAAGUCACGGAACCUCUUCUUCAAGAGGUUUUCUCUAGUACUGGUGCCCUUGAAGGUUGCAAACUCAUCCGUAAAGAGAAGUCAUCCUAUGGUUUUGUGGAUUACUUCGAUCGUCGAUCAGCUGCUCUCGCUAUUGUAACUUUGAAUGGAAGGCAUUUGUUUGGACAGCCUAUAAAAGUUAACUGGGCAUAUACCAGUGCUCAGAGAGAGGAUACCUCAAAUCACUUUAACACUUUUGUCGGUGAUCUUAGUCCGGAGGUUACUGAUGCCACUUUGUAUGCAUGCUUCUCUGUCUAUCCUAGUUGCUCAGAUGCUCGGGUCAUGUGGGAUCAGAAGACUGGCCGUUCAAGGGGGUUUGGAUUUGUCUCUUUUCGUAAUCAGCAGGAUGCUCAAAGUGCAAUAAAUGACUUGAAUGGGAAAUGGCUUGGAAGCAGACAAAUUCGUUGCAAUUGGGCAACAAAAGGUGCCAUUUCUGGUGAUGACCAGAAUAGUUCUGACUCAAAAAACAUUCUGGAACUAACAAAUGGAACAUCAGAAGAUGGUCAAGAAAAGAGGAAUGAGGAUGCACCAGAAAAUAAUCUCCAGUAUACCACUGUCUAUGUUGGCAAUCUUGCUGCUGAAGUUACAUCACUUGAUCUCCACCGUCAUUUCCAUGCACUUGGGGUAGGAGUCAUUGAAGAUGUCCGUAUUCAACGAGACAAAGGUUUUGGCUUUGUGAGAUACAGCACACAUGCUGAAGCAGCUCGUGCCAUCCAGAUGGGAAAUGCCAGAAUUCUUUUCGGCAAAGCAAUCAAGGUACACUUACUUUCUAAUUUGAAGCUAGACUAUCAAGGCUUCUCUGCCACUGAUCUUAUUGCCUAUGAACAGCAGCUUGCUUUGAGUAAAAUGGGUGGUGCACAGGCUCUUAUGCUUCCACAGAGUCGGCGAAUUGGUGCAGAUACUCAGGCAGUAUAUGGCGGUGGAUAUCCAAGCAUUGCCACAACCCAGCCACCCAUGUAUUACUAGAUGUACCAGAUAGAAAAGUCCCGUUACUGCAGGAACUGAAGUUUUAAUGUUACAGGUUGCUUUUUGUUUUUCACUAUUGUAAUUGCAUCUUAUACUUGAAUGAGAAUGUAGCUUGUAUUUUAGUUAUUACAUUGGGGAGUGAUAAUGCGACUAAAUCUCCCUGUUCCUGUGCAAGAAGAACGAGCACUCUCUCUCCCCACCGGCUCUCAAGUGCAACCUUCGAAUAUUUCAUCUUCUAGUAUGGAAGUUUAUUGUAUUUGUUUUGAGCUCGUAAUUCCUUGUGAGAAAUUUGGCACACUAAUUUGGUAGCUUUCUGUCUAAAAUUUUAUCUUGUCAGAGACUUCAAGCUUAAAAUUUAUCAUUCGUGGUA